UGGGCGGGCUGGAGGGGUGGGGGGGCGCCAGGCGGUGGCCGACCGACCGGCCGGCCGGGAGGGAGGGAUGCCGGGGCAGGGAAGUGGGGUCCCCCUUGGGGACGGAAAUCACCUCUGAAGGCCGGAGGAGGGGACCAAGCCCUGGGGAGCAUCGGCAUCCAGGGUCCCUCCUGCAUCCCUCUUGCAGGGAUCAUCACCACCACCAGCAGGAGCAGCAGCGCCGCCGCCGCCUCCCCCGCCUGCUGCAAAGGCAGGAUCUGGGGUUAAACUUCCCUCACAGCCAUCUUUUCUGAGGAGCCCCCUGGGCGGCCCUCCCCACCCCACUUGGCAUGAUGAUGUGCGAGGUGAUGCCGACCAUCAACGAAGACAACCGCCGCGGCUCGGCCUAUGGGGCCGACGAUGCCAACUUUGAGCAGCUCAUGGUCAACAUGCUGAAUGAGCGCGAGCGGCUACUGGAGACCCUGCGGGACACCCAGGAAAGCCUGGCCACCUCACAGCUCCGCCUGCGUGAACUGAGCCAUGAGAAGGAGUCCCUGCAACGCCAACUCAACAUUGCCCUCCCGCAGGAAUUUGCAGCGCUUACUAAGGAGUUGAACUUGUGCCGGGAACAAUUGUCAGAGCGCGAGGAGGAGAUCUCGGAGCUGAAGGCAGAACGUAACAACACACGGCUGCUGCUAGAACACCUGGAAUGCCUGGUGUCACGACACGAACGCUCCCUCCGCAUGACGGUGGUGAAGCGCCAGGCCCAAUCUCCAGCUGGUGUCUCCAGCGAGGUGGAGGUGUUGAAGGCCCUCAAAUCUCUCUUUGAACAUCACAAGGCCCUGGAUGAGAAGGUUCGAGAACGGCUGCGAGUAGCAUUAGAGCGGGUUGCAGUAUUGGAAGAGGAGCUGGAAAUGUCCAAUCAGGAGUCUCUUGCCCUUCGAGAACAGCUUGCCCGGCGCCGAUCCGGCCUAGAUGACCCCAGCAAAGAGGGAGAUGCCCAGAUUUGUGCCAAUGGAUCAGGCUCCCUUGAUUUGGGGCGUGGUGGCCGAGAAUCUGAGCUAGAGGAGGUCCUAGAGCGCCAGCGAGGAGAACUGUCCCAGCUGAAGGAGCGACUUACAAUGCUCUGCCGGCAGAUGGCUGAACUUGAGGAAGAGUUGGCGACGGCUCAGCGGGACCUCAUUAAGUCUGAAGAGAUCAAUGCCAAACUGCAGCGGGACCUCAAGGAGGCACUGGCUCAACGGGAGGACAUGGAGGAACGGAUCACCACGCUGGAGAAACGCUACCUGAGUGCGCAGAGGGAGGCAACCUCUCUUCAUGAUGUCAAUGACAAGCUGGAAAAUGAACUGGCCAGUAAGGAAUCCCUGUAUAGACAAAGUGAGGAAAAGAACAGGCAGCUGCAAGACUGGCUGGAAGACGCCAAACAGAAGCUUCAGCAAACCCUCCAGAAGGCUGAAACGUUGCCCGAAAUAGAGGCCCAGCUGGCUCAGCGAGUGGCUGCCCUCAACAAGGCAGAGGAGCGCCAUGGGAAUUUUGAGGAGCGUUUGCGUCAACUUGAAGCUCAGCUGGAAGAGAAAAACCAAGAGCUCCAAAGGGCACGCCAGAGGGAGAAAAUGAAUGAUGAACACAACAAGCGCCUCUCAGAGACAGUAGACAAGCUGCUGUCUGAAUCCAACGAGCGUCUCCAGUUGCACCUGAAGGAACGAAUGGGCGCCCUGGAGGAGAAGAAUACACUGAGUGAGGAAAUUGCCAACAUGAAGAAGGUCCAGGAUGAGCUUCUGGCAAACAAGGAGCAGCUACUAGCUGAGAUUGAGCGGAUGCAAAUGGAAAUAGACCAGCUGCGCGGACGCCCCGUCUCGAGCUACUCCCGGUCUCUGCCGGGCAGCGCGCUGGAGCUGCGUUACUCCCAGGCGCCCACGCUGCCCGUGGGGGCCCACGUGGACCAUUACAGCAGUGCUGGCGUGGCGAGACGUUCAAAGAAGGGCCGCUGGUCUGUCAAGGAUGAGGCCACCAAGGUGGUGCCCUCUCAGGAGUGGGAGCGGGCCCAGCAGGCAGCUGGAGGCCCUUUUGAGGGCGGGUUGGACGGCUCAGAUGAAGAUGAGCGAGAUCCCCUGUUCAGCUCAGCUGACUUGCUAUCUCCCAGCGGACAGGCUGAUGUGCAGACCCUGGCUAUUAUGCUGCAGGAGCAGCUGGAAGCCAUCAACAAAGAAAUCAAACUGAUCCAGGAGGAAAAGGAGUCCACGGAACAGCGGGCAGAAGAAAUCGAGAGCCGAGUGACCAGUGCCAGUUUGGAUGGUUCCUUGGGACGAUACCGCUCGGGCACUUCUAUUCCUCCCUCAGUCACCAGCUCCACUCUGGCUAGUCCCUCUCCCCCCAGCAGCGGCCACUCUACUCCCCGCAUGGCACCCCACAGCCCUGCUCGUGAUGGUGAAAAAAUGCAGAACCAUGUUGCCAAGGAAGAGGGGCGAGGGUCUGAGGAAAAGGCCCUGGCCUUGUGUGAGCCCCCGGCUCCCUCCACCCCCCGCACCAUGCGUCUGGAGCGCAUGACCCAGGCCUUAGCUUUGCAGGCUGGGACGCUGGAAGACGGGAGGGACCUGAGGUCCAGCCUGGGGGCUGAUGGCACCAAUAGCAGCCAGGAUUCCUUGCACAAGUCCACCAAGAAGAAAAGCAUCAAAUCCUCCAUUGGGCGCCUCUUUGGCAAGAAGGAGAAAGGGAGGAUGGGGCAGCUGGGCCGUGACUCCCCCUCACUUGCUGGGACGCCAUCAGAUGAGAUGUCCCCUGCAGACCCCCUGGGCCUUUCUAAGCUGUCAGGACCUGUGGACAAGGACCGGAGGAACAAAAAGAAGCAUGAGCUGCUAGAAGAAGCUUGCCGGCAAGGCCUGCCUUUUGCUGCCUGGGAUGGACCCACUGUGGUGUCGUGGCUGGAGCUGUGGGUUGGCAUGCCAGCCUGGUACGUGGCUGCCUGCCGUGCCAACGUCAAGAGUGGUGCCAUAAUGGCCAACCUGUCGGACACAGAAAUCCAGCGGGAAAUUGGCAUCAGCAACCCCCUGCACCGGCUCAAGCUGCGCCUUGCCAUUCAGGAGAUGGUAUCACUUACCAGUCCCUCGGCCCCUGCCACAUCUCGCACGUCUACAGGGAAUGUGUGGAUGACGCACGAAGAGAUGGAGUCUCUCACAGCCACAACAAAGCCAGAGACAAAGGAAAUCAGCUGGGAGCAGAUCCUUGCAUAUGGCGACAUGAACCAUGAGUGGGUGGGAAAUGAUUGGCUGCCUAGCUUGGGCUUGCCCCAGUACCGCAGCUAUUUCAUGGAAUCGCUAGUUGAUGCUCGGAUGCUGGACCAUCUCAACAAGAAGGAACUGAGGGGCCAGCUCAAGAUGGUGGACAGCUUCCAUAGGGUGAGCCUCCAUUACGGAAUCAUGUGCCUGAAGCGUCUUAACUAUGACCGGAAAGAGCUGGAGAGAAGACGGGAAGAGAGUCAGAACCAAAUCAAAGAUGUGAUGGUCUGGUCCAACGAGCGUGUGAUGUGCUGGGUGCAAAUGAUAGGGCUGAAAGAGUUUGCCAAUAACCUGGUGGAGAGCGGGGUGCAUGGGGCUCUCCUUGCCCUGGAUGACACCUUUGAUUGCAACGAUUUGGCCCUGCUGCUGCAGAUCCCUACCCAGAACACACAGGCUCGGCAGAUCUUGGAAAAAGAAUUUGGGAACCUCAUCACCAUGGGAACAGACCGGCGGCUGGAUGAGGACAGUGCCAAGACGUUCAGCCGUUCCCCGUCUUGGCGGAAGAUGUUCCGAGAGAAAGACCUCCGCGGUGUCAGCCCCGACUCGGCUGAGAUGCUGCCAGCCAAUUUCCGCACAGCCUCCGUGGCCUCCAUUACCUCACCCGGGGUGCAGCUUCGUAAGAUGCAGCCAGAGGGGAACUCAUUAGGUAGCCAACGGGCAGACAGUAUGUCAGUGCGAACGUACUCCUGUUAAUGCCAAGCCAACAGAGAUGCUGUCCUGGGUGUGUCUGGCCACCCUGCCUUGGACAGGAAGACUCCCCACUGCUGCUGCCGCUGCUGCCCCUCCUUCCUCAUCAUGUGCUCCAAUCCAGACUGUGAGGAACUGCUGCUGCUGCUGCUGCUUACGGAGGUGGAGCAGGAAUGUGGGAGCACAUGGGGAUGGUGGAGAGAGACAGACACAGAGAGAGAGACCUCCUCCCCACCCCUCCUCCUAGCAGCAAUGGCUUGUGGUCACUGGUGAACUCAAGGGACUAAAGCUGGGUGGGGGGGCCCUCCCCCCAACUCUGCAGGGGAACUGGGGCUUCAACUCUGGUGUCUAUUUAUUGUUGUUGUUGUUCUGGGAAGGGGCAUAAGAAUGUGAAUGAAAAUAUACACCUCGCCCCACCCCACUCCAAUGCAGCCUGAUAUUUCCAUCCCCUUUCCCUUUCCCCAGAGGGUCUGGGGCAGGGGGGUCGACUCACCUUGCCUUUCUGUUGCCACGGAUUGGACCAACUGGCCCAUCUUCCUAGGUAACCUGUCUCCUUUUCCCCGUCAUCCCAAGGGUGCUAAAUGUUCUGUUGGCACUUUUUUUGCAUUGCUGCUACAAAGAUGUGCCCUGUCUCACCUCGUGAAUGCCUGAAGGGGGUUGCUGCUCAAGCCCAGUUCUCAAUCUGCCCCCUCCCCAUGCCUCUUCCCAAUAAGGGGAGGGGGCAGGUAGGAGAGGACCUGUUUUCCUUCCUCUGCUGCAGAUUCCCAAAUCAUGCCGGGGAAUGAGAAGAGAAGCGCUGAAUAAAGAGCCAUGCCCACCCGCUACAGCAACUUGCCCCUCAGGGCCAAACCACAGAGCUCUGAGUUGGGGGUGCCUGUACAGACACAGCUGCUGCCUCUGUCUAGAAGCAGCUGCAUCUUGGCACAAGUCAGGAACCCCUUUGAAAUCAGCCCACCCCUGUUUUCCCACCUCAUCUAAACGUGGGAUAUUCUAAUCCCCUCCCCACAAGAUGCAGCUCGCUUUCCCUCCAAGGAGAAGGGCCUGGAUUUAUGCAGUGGUAUGAUGGGGGGGGCUUGAGGCAGCCCCCCAAACUCUCCAUGGGGGGAUGAAGCUAUCCCAGGUGGUUAAGUUAUAUAUUUGGCUCUGUGGCAGGAAGAAGCUGUAUCUUGGUGGAGCAUGGAGCCUUGGUUUUUUUGCUCUAAGGGGAGCAGGAAGUGGUGAUUUCAGGUUUGGGGUGCUGAGACUGGAAGGGAGGAUGCUCAGCUUGGGGUAGUCAAUCGAGCUCUGAACUUCUAAGAUAUGGCACACAGACCCCCUCCCUCCAAGACUAUUGUAAUAUAAGAGUUGUAUUUUCUGUGUAUAUCUGUGCUGUGGAAUCUCGUGUAAAUUGAAUUUCUUUUUUUGACCGCCGUUAACAAGUUCUCUGUUAAUUUAAUAAUGUGUCCUUUCCCCCCCACCCCCUCUCCCCUGCACGCCCAUACUUUUUCAUUUGAUGUUUAUAUUUUCUGCCUUCUGUUGUUUUUUAAAGUUUUUUUUUCCCCUGGGGAGGGUGUGCGGGGGUGAGGGGCAAACCAAAGGGGGUUGUUUUGCAUGAAAGUGGGGAGGGGGGGGGAAGAAAAAAAAAUAAAAGCUUGACAAAAAAAAAUCUAUCAGGCAGAUUGUGAGGGGCAAGCAGGAGGCUGAGGGCCAGGAAGGGAGAGCUUCUUCUGGUCUGCUCAGCUCCAGUUUGCCUCAAGGUGAAGGGGAGAAGGAGGGCCAGAAGUGGAGUGCGAGUGAUAGGAAAUGUUAAAAAGGAAAAAGAAAAAGCUUGAAAACA